GCAACCAUGAUCUCCUUAACCGACACCCAGAAAAUUGGAAUGGGAUUAACGGGAUUUGGAGUGUUUUUCCUGUUCUUUGGGAUGAUUCUAUUUUUUGACAAAGCACUACUGGCUAUUGGAAAUGUUUUAUUUGUGGCAGGCUUGGCUUUUGUAAUUGGUUUAGAAAGAACAUUCAGAUUCUUCUUCCAAAAACAUAAAAUGAAAGCUACAGGAUUUUUCCUGGGUGGUGUAUUUGUAGUCCUUGUUGGUUGGCCUUUAAUAGGCAUGAUCUUCGAAAUUUAUGGUUUUUUUCUCUUGUUCAGGGGAUUCUUCCCUGUAGUUGUUGGAUUUAUUAGAAGAGUGCCAGUCCUUGGAUCCCUCUUGAAUUUACCUGGAAUUAGAUCAUUUGUAGAUAAAGUUGGAGAAAGCAACAAUAUGGUAUAACAUCCAACAAGUGAACUGAAGACUCAUUUAAAAUAUUGUAUUAUUUAUAAAAUCCUUUGAAGAAUAUUCAGCACAAAAUUAAAUUACAUGAAAUAGCUUGUAAUAUUCUUUACAGAAGUUUAUAACGUAUAGCCUACAAAGUACCAACAGCAAUUAGCAAAGAUGAAAAACAGGUUUGUUAAUCAAAUGACCUAAGAAGUCAGCAAGCAAACAGAAGGAGAAGAAAUCUACGAUACAAUCUGUAUUGAAACUCUUGAAGGCUAUUUUUAUUGUUUGUCCACAAUGUGUGAAACACAGCCAUCCUUAGAGAACUGUGGUGCCUGUUCCUUUUCUUUUUCUUUUGAAGGUGCAGAAGCAUCGAUGACAUUGCUCCGUAGAAGAGCCAGUGCAAUGGCAAAGUAUUUCCAGGUGCAUUGUGUCUCUGAAAGUGACGCAUGAGUUCGAUUGGAUUAUGUCAUUUUAAUGUAUUAAAACCAAGGAGGAAACC